AUGGCGCGCGACUCCCAGCACGACGCUGGCGCGUCCUCCGCCAGCGCCCAAUCAAGAUCGUCCUCUGCGCAGCAGCAACAACGUCCCCCUCUCCCGCGGCAGGAAAGCGACUCAACAACAGAAUCUCACCAGCGCCACAAGCAUCACCACGUUCACAAGCAGCACAAAGUAACCGGCAGGCCACACGCACGCGUCGCCUCGUCCAAGGCGCUGCACGCCAAAGCACGGCCGCACAACGAAGGCGCGCCGCAGCGACCGACAACGCACCGAAGAGCCACGAGCGAGGUCAAGCUCACGUCAUCGCGCAACAAUUCCUCCGCCAAUCUGGUCAAGAAUGUAUCCCAAUCGAGUCUGAAGCGAAACCGCUCACACGGCGACGUCAAGCACAGCCGCAACAAAUCGUCCGAUAAGAUAAAGCGGUUGUCCAGUGGCAGCGCAGGCGCACAGGCCCAGCAAGAGCAGCCGCAGCAGAGGCACAAGUCGAGCAAGUCGACGGUGCAUUUUGAUCUCGGCAGCGACGACGACGAGGAAGACAGCGGCGCAGGGGAGGAGGAGUGGGUCGAUGCCAGUGGCUCCAACUCACCGCACAUGUCGAGGAAGGGAUCUCUCAAUUCCAGCGCGCAAUCGUCCGUACGGCCGGGCAACUCGAGACCACAGACCCCGAGCGAGCCAUCGCCGUUGGCGUCACGCCCGCAGGACACAGGCAGAGCACCGAGUGUGGCUGUGCAGCAGCAUCAACAAUAUCUUACGUCGAGGUUGUUACAACGGACACCCUCCACGGGAGCACCACCCAUGAUGACGAAUGACAGCGCGGGUGCAGCGCCGAGUAUAUCCCCCCAGGACCCAGAGUCAAUGAGGACAAUACUAGGGAGUGGUAAGGAAGGUCUGACAUCUCGCUUUGUUGACGAUCCAAGCACGCCGGGGAUAACGACACAAGGAUCAUUCUACCACACUCAGGAGCGCCAGCAUGAUGCUUUACCAGAGCGACCCAAGUCAAUGGCUAAUUUGUCGCGAUCGGCCGAGGAGAACAGGCAGGUGGACAGAGGUAGCGAUAGCGCCCUCGUCCCCACGCCAGCGAGGCGCUCUGCGCUUCCCGCCGAAACAUCGCGUAUUCAGCAGAAGCUGAACCUCCAACGCGCGAGCACCGCCAUUGAGCCUAGCGUGCAACAUACCACAGCAUCAGUAGGCACACCUAUCCUCACGGACCCAAGAAGUCGAGACUUCCGUAUGGGAAAGCUACUGGAGAAGACGGGGAUGGAGUACCUUGUGGUACGCCGGUACCAGAACCCCAUUGCGCGCUCCCUGGCGCGCCUUUCACAACUCGACAGGGCAAAGAGGAUACCGACGCGUCCGAACACAGCCACCGGCCCCAAUGGAAAACAGCGCCCAAUGGAGCUGCAACUACCGCUUCGCCAUUCGCGCAACGUCAGCAUGCCUGUUGUCGGCGGCGCACCUCCAGCCACACCGACCGCUUCGAUUAGGACGACAAAGACAACGGUCGGCAGUAGUUUUGGCGAGGAGAGACUCAGUGGCUCAAGUGCCGUGGAGGGCGAUGACGGGACAACGGCCGCACUGCGGGGCCUGUGGGAGAAGAGUGCUGAGUUGGUAGGGAGUGGUGAUUAG